GCUCCUCCUUCCGAAUCGAGAGGGAAUAAAAGCGAGCGAAAGGCCCCAGCAAGUCAGCCAUCGCUGUACACAGCUACAGUAACUAUUUUAACAUAGAUUGGUCCUUUGUUUGUAAAUAUGAGAGUUCUUGUGACAUUAUGCGUUCUCAUGUCCCUCACCGCCGUCACCUUGGCGUGGAAUCGACCCCCUGUCGGGGGGCGUUCUCUGGGAGGCUCAACCUCCAGCCGAUUCGCUAGCCUCCUGAAAUCCAGAAAGUCUUCCUUGUUUGGUGCCCGCGUCCGUGACGGUUCCAGCAUCUUCAGCGCCCUCUCCGCCAAGACCAAACAGCCAAUCUGCUACUUUGACAAGAAUGGCGUCCCCCAGUACGAAUGGCCUACCAAGGAAAAGCUGUGCUUCGACAAGUCCUACAAAUACCCUGUUGACCGUGUGUUCAGCGCCCUGGAACAGGACCCCGACGCAAUGGAGUACAUGCUGCUGGUGCAGGGAUGCUACCUCCACAACAAGAUGAACUCCACCGGCCACUACCCCGCCUACCGCUACAAGGAUCUGUGUUCCGAGAACACCGAGCUUCUGGAGAGAAUCUGGUGGACCAACACCGCGAACGGGCGCCGAGAGGUCUGCUACGUCAUCAUGCCUGAAGCCCAGGGAAUUGAAGUCGCUCAAUGCGGAGGUCACUGCGUCAUGGACACCACGGAGGUGAAACACCACUACUGCGUCCCCGACGGCAUGGUUGAACGUGAUAUCUACGUCUUCUGUCCCGGCGAGAUCAAGCAGUGCCGCAGAACCCGCGUCACCAUCCCCACCGGAUGCAGCUGUAAGAAAUACGAAUGUCUCAAGUAUCAGUUUGUGUAAACCAUGGUUUACACUCCCUCUGCGAAGUCGUACUUUUACGCAUGUGUAAUAGUGGGACUCAGCGUCAUGCCGAAUACAAACAUUUAUUCGUUUAUGUUAGGAACACUUGAGAACAAGAAGGACAAUGUUUUGUGAACUUUGUUUAUUUCGACCUUACAAAAAUGCUUUUAAUCGUAUUGAUUUUGAAGUAUUUGUGACAUUAUAUAUUAUCAUUGUAAAUAUAUCAUGCUCGCACAUGUAAAUAGUUUGUUUAUAUUGUACAUAACGUGUACAUUUUGUUGUGUUGCCAACUUUGUGUAAUAAUAAAUCUCUCUGAAUAAUA